UGGGUAUUUUUUUCCUUCGAACAUACACCUCCCCUUUGCCCUCCCCCUUUCCCAAACAAGCAGGCAGUCUGUCAAUGUGCUCCGAGCGCUAGGCAAGUCAAACGAGUGGGAAUUUGAACUAGUGAGACCGGGGAGAUAGAUAGGCUAUCGAAUGGAAAACAUUGCCGGGGAAGGGAAGCUAUCCAGAUACCAAUUGACUCGCCACACCAGACCGGCUAGUCUAUAACAUAAGGAUAUAGCCUAUAUUAAACUCUCAUUUAGAAAUAAUUUGGGAAAGGAUCUCGGAUUUACUAAUUGGAAGAGACGAGAAACAACAAGGAGUGAGUGGGGACCAGACCGCGCAAUGACAAAUCCACCGACCAGCGAGCAUCAACGCGUCCUUAUUGGGAUGGAGCUUCUGUUCUAAACGGGAGAAAAGCCUAUUCCAUUUUUAAACACAGCAUUUGCGCUUAUAUGUCGACUUUUUAGAAAUAAAGUACCCUUUCUAUCACGGUGGCAAAUCUGUAAAGAAAAUAAGAAGGAAUGGGCGAGAAGCCGAACAGAAUCGGCGUAGACAACAAGUUUGGAAAAAAACAAUUAUAGCGAACACCAACACGCAACAGAAAUACCACUAGAAAUCGAUUCACCGGAGUUCUUUUUGAGGAAGAAGGGGAGUUGUGCACGAGCCAGUGGACAUCGCCUUGAGGAGAAAAAAUAGGGACUAAUGAAAAAAUAAUCAGAAAGUCAUGGGAUUGGCAUAAUAUUUCUCCUGGACACGCACAGAAAAUAUUGUCGAUUUACGCACACUAAGGACGCAACCUAUAUUGUCGGCCAACGGUCACGGAUAGAGCAACUUUUCUCUGCCAUAGUUCAGUGUCAAUUACUGCGUUUGGGUGCUCUAUUUUCGGUUUAUAUCCAUGCGGUUUCCCAAGGCACGAUAUCUCAUCUUCACGCAUUGAGUGACUCACCUAUAGCCUGCACGGCUAUAGUCUUUGUUUGGAAAGUCCCCCAGCUCCAACCUAAUAGAAAAUAUCACAUUUAUUUUUAAAUGGGGGUAAAUAAUCGGGUUAGUGUGGUUGCAAUGGCGCGUCGGAGAAGCGGGAGUAGACUGGGCUUUCUGCUAAUAAUCUUAAUGGAUUUACUGGGAACGGCAGCGAGCAACAUGGAGCCUAUCUUCUGGAAUUCCUUGAACAAAAGGUUUUUGGACGAUAAGGGCUACGUCCUCUACCCUCAGAUUGGGGACCGCCUGGACCUCAUCUGUCCGUCGUCGGACCCCCCCAGCCAGCGGGCUCCCGCCGAGUAUGAGUUCUACAAGCUAUAUCUGGUGUCGUCACGUGACCAAGCGGACAGAUGUGAGGUGACGGGCGCGCCCAACCUGCUGCUCACCUGUGACAAGCCCAACAAUGACAUGAGGUUCACCAUCAAGUUCCAGGAAUACUCUCCUAACCUGUGGGGACACGAGUUCAAAACCAACGCUGACUACUACAUCAUCGCCACGUCAGAUGGAACGCGCCAGGGUCUAGAGAGUAUGAGGGGAGGAGUGUGUGCCACGCAGGGCAUGAAGGUGGUCCUUAAAGUGGGACAGAACCCCUAUGGACUGCCCCCGAAACCUGCCAAACCAGACCAAAGUGCGGGCCGUACCAACACCAGAAAUACAGGUGGUGCUGGGAACGCCACCCAUCCCAGGGUUCCUAGCAGUGACGGUGGUGGUUCGGGAGGCACGGGUGGCGAGAAUGGACCCCUACCCCCCUCCAACGUGGCCGUCAUCGCCGGCGCCGCAGGAGGCUCCGCCUUCCUCCUCCUGGUCACUGCGGUGAUCUGCGUGGUGUGUUACCGGCGGCGACACGCCAAGCACUCUGAGUCCCACCACCCGCCCCUAUCGCUGUCCUCCCUCACCAGCCCCAAGAGGCACGGCGGCGGGCACGGUGGCGGCCACGGGAGCGGGAAUAACAACGGCUCGGAGCCCAGUGACAUCAUCAUCCCGCUGCGGACUUCGGACUCGGCGUACUGCCCUCACUACGAGAAGGUGAGCGGGGACUACGGCCACCCCGUCUACAUCGUCCAGGAGAUGCCCCCCCAGAGCCCAGCCAACAUCUACUACAAAGUAUGAAGGCAGUCACCAUGACAACCUACAGUACUACCAACUACCACCCUUCCCUGUCCUAUACAGUACAGUACCACCUACAACCUACCUACAAUAUACCCUGUCCUAUACAGUACAGUACCACCUACAACCUACCUACAAUAUACCCUGUCCUAUACAGUACAGUACCACCUACAACCUACCUACAAUAUACCCUGUCCUAUACAGUACAGUACCACCUACAACCUACCUACAAUAUACCCUGUCCUAUACAGUACAGUACCACCUACAACCUACCUACAACAGUCCCUCACUGACUUACUCCAAAACCACGAAGAUCUUUAGGCCACUAUACAGCCCUAUCCAACCCCAACCACAGCCACAGGUGUGUGUGUCUAGCUUACUGAAGAGGCCAUCCGUACGCCCACCACUCUUCACUCAACUGUGUCACUAAGCUGAGUGUGGAAGGUUUAUUAUAUAACCCCACCACUGGCCCCCACCGGCCCCUUUAAAGAGGACAGCAAUGACAAGAGACUCUGGACUCCUUCCCCUUUCUUUCUCACAGCGAAUCGAAACCCCCCAUCCAGAGCUGAAGAGAAGAGUCCCGCCCUAUACGCCAUGAGGACAAGUGUGAGAGAACACACACCAAGCUAGUGGGAGAGAACACACACUAGUGACGCCACAACAUGGCCUUAUGGGACUCGGACCCUAGAAAACCUACAAACCAACUACCAACCAACCAGAGAACUCUGUCUGUAUCUCCAGUGCUCCUGUCCUAUAGCAGACCUAUCGAGACUGGCCCCUGACUGGCCCCUGAGAUAGACUGUGUCCCUGAUGUUAGUUAGUUUGUUUGUGUGUGUAUGGUUUCUCAUUGGACCAGGGGCCUCUGACUCUCUCGCCCAAUCAGAAAGCCGGCCUGGGGUCACAUGAACAGGCUCAGGUGCCAGAGGUCAGACCAAUUGCGUCUUAGUGACAUUCAGAUUCUUGUAUAUUUUAAUAACGUAUGUAUGUGUGUGCGUGCUUGUGUGUGUGUGUGUGUGUGUGUGUGUGUGUGUGUGUGUGUGUGUGUGUGUGGGACUAGGAUAAUAAUUAUGACACUGCCACACAUAAAGGUGUGUGUGCAGUUAGUGUAAGUGUAUGCCUGUAUUGUGUGUGUCAGUGUGUGUGUGUGUGUGUGUGUGUAUGCCUGUAUUUCUCUGUGUAUACGCUACGUGCGAGAGAAUGUGCGUGUGUGCGUUUGUUCUUUAGACUUGUCUUAAAAACCAAAACUCAAAAAAGUGAGCGAAUAUAGGAAAAAAGUGUGAUUUUUUUUAUCGCUAUCAACACUUAUAGAUUAUAUAUAUAUGAAUAUCCAGUAAAUCAUUUUUAGACGUCUUGUUUUCUAUUGUUUUUCACUUUUAUUCCUCUACUUGUAAAACUCCACUUCUGUUACUGCUAGAUCUUUUUUAUCCGCUGGUUUAUUUUUUAGAAACCUGACCCUGUUUCCUUCCCCUUUGAGUUGUAAAUUAAUUUCAUCCCUUUGUUUUUCUUUUCCUGGCGAACUGAGGUCUCUCCCUCUCUCUCUCGUCGCCUCCUCCCUCCAUGUCUCCCUCUGGGCCUCCCAACCCUAUGUAUAUUUUUAUAGUUCUUGUAAUAUGCUGUAGUUUUGAAGUUUAGACCUCGUUUGUGGAAGUUGUUGAGGUAGAAACCAUCUAUAAACGUUGUUUUUUUUCAAGUGUUUUUGAACACACAAGAAAAAGCAAGGGGGAAAAUAAACAGGGAAGGUUCCAAAUGAAAUGAAAUGAAAAGAAAGAAGGUGAACCGGAGUCGCUGUCUAGGGAGAAGAGAGAGUGACUGAAUACAGAACUUUUGUUAAAAGAAAGAGAAAAGACUGAAGAAGGAAUUGCACAGUAAGGAAGAGAAAGAGCGCGAGAACAGAUGGAAGAAGAAGAGGGGGGUGGGAGCUGAAUUGAGAGAUGAGAGAGAAGGAUCCCUGGGAAGGAUAGAGAGAGCAAAGCAGUGACUGUGGCGGAGGAGAGGAGUCUUUCCUUUAAUGGAGUGCUGAGAAGGAGUGAUGAACCCUAGGGGGAGGUAGGAGAGGAACGGACACGCAGCUGAAAUGGAUUUCAGGGGGACAACCUCACUGUGGAAUAAGGAGGAGAGAUUUAAUCUACCACACACACACACACACACACACACACACGCACACACACUGACAGAUAGACAGACACACGGCCCUUUUACCUCUCAACAGCUUUACAUUUCAGGCACACUCUUUAAGCUGAUUAUAAUGACAGACACACACUCUCUGCAGACACACUGAUCCCUCUCACAUUCUCUUUCACUGUCAAACACAUACACACACACACACACACACACACACACACACACACA